AAGCAAGGAAAAGAGAUAACCUCCUCUCCAAGCAAAGCAUCAAUACAAAUAGCAUACUUCUCUCACAACAAUCCACAGCAAAAUUUCAUCCACAUUCUCUCAAAUUUUUCAGAAGCAAACCACAAACAGAACCCAAAAAUUCCAACAUGGGCAUGGUAUUUGGAAAAAUUUGUGUAGAAACCCCGAAAUACCAGGUCCUUAAAUCCACAGCUGAUUAUGAAAUCCGGCAGUAUCCACCAUCAGUGAUAGCUCAGGUGACCUAUGAUCCAUCAGUGUUCAAGGGCGACAAAGACGGUGGCUUCUCUGUGCUGGCCAAUUACAUCGGCGCUUUUGGCAAGCCCCAGAACACCAAGCCUGAGAAGAUAGCCAUGACAGCUCCAGUCAUAACCCAACAGAGCACAGCUGAGAAGAUCGCCAUGACAGCUCCUGUUGUGACCAAAGAAGCCGGAGACGCGAAGACGGUGACAAUGCAAUUCCUGCUGCCUGCUAAGUAUCAGAAGGCAGAGGAGGCGCCAAAGCCGGUGGAUGAGAGAGUGGUGAUUAGGGAAGAGGGUGGGAGGAAGUAUGGGGUGGUGACUUUUGGAGGAUCGGCGUCGGAGCAGGUGGUGGAGGAUAGGGUGGAGAAACUGAAGAGGGCUUUGGAGAAAGAUGGGUUUAAGAUUACAGGGGAGUACUUGCUGGCAAGGUUUAACCCACCUUGGACUUUGCCUGCAUUUAGGACUAAUGAGGUUAUGAUCCCAGUUGAGUGAGUUCUCAGAGUCAGAUCAUACUGUGCUGUUUUUGCUGUUUUUGUUCACAUUCUGUAGUAUGUAAUGAGUUUGCUAUCACAUAAAUAAAAGCUUAUCAUAUUGCAGAUUAAAAUGUUCCCAAUUUCAGUAUAUGUAGCUUCACAACUGCAGCAAAUUAAGAUUCAUUAGUGGCACAA